ACCGGCGCAGUAGAGCUUCGCCUUCACCUGUUCUACCCGCUGGAGGACCAGACCCCUACAGCUCCCAAGCCAGCAGGUCUGGGGGCACACCCGGGAAUCUGUGUGCUCCCCAGGGCGCCGCCCAGGCUUCCAGAACCUGGGCUCCAGUCCCUGUCCCCGAAGCCAUCCCCGAAGGACCCAGAUCCCAGUCUCCUGAAUAAUCUCCUGAAUAAGUAUUGCUGAAUCUCGUGUGGAAGAACCACCACAAAAGCCCGGACUAUCCUGUGGACCCAACGAAAAUCAUCUUGUUCCUGGAGAUUCCCAAAAGAUUUGAUCACCAGGAGGUUUUCCGGGACAUUAUCAAACCGGUCGUUUUCGUGACUGCCUCCGGGUGAUGAUGGCCGCGUGAGUGUCUGCCAUGGCCCACCGGAAGCGCCAGAGCACCACCAGCAGCAUGUUGGAACACAGGGCCAGGCCAGGCCCCAUCCCCCAUGGCCAGGAGCCUGAGAGUGAGGAUGCAGAGCUGCCCUUGGAGGGCUAUGUGCCCAAGGGCCUGGAGCUGACCACCCUGCGGCCAGAGAGCCCCACACCCGAGGAGCAAGACUGCCACAACCACAGCCCUGAUGGGGAUUCCAGCUCCGACUAUGUGAACAACACCUCUGAGGAGGAGGACUAUGAUGAGGGGCUCCCCGAGGAGGAGGAGGGCAUCACCUACUACAUCCGCUACUGCCCAGAGGAUGACAGCUACCUGGAGGGCAUGGACUGCAACGGGGAGGAGUAUGUGGCCCACGGCACACACCCUGUGGACACUGACGAGUGCCAGGAGGCGGUGGAGGAGUGGACAGACUCAGCGGGCCCACACCCCCAUGGCCAUGGGGCCGAAGGCAGCCAGGACUACCCCGAGAGCCACCUGCCCAUCCCAGAGGACGAGCCCUCUGUGCUGGAAGCCCACGUCCAGGAAGAUGAUGGUCACUACUGUCCCAGCAAAGAGGGCUACCAGGACUAUUACCCUUCAGAGGCCAAUGGGAAUGCAGGGGGUGCUUCCCCCUAUCACCUGAGGCGUGGGGAUGGGGACCUGGAGGACCAGGAGGAAGACAUUGACCAGAUUGUGGCUGAGAUCAAGAUGAGCUUGAGCAUGACCAGCAUCACCAGUGCCAGCGAGGCGAGCCCUGAGCACUUGCCUGAGCCAGGGCCGGGGGACUCCACAGAGGCCUGCCCGCCCAGCGAGGCCAGCUGCGGGCCCAACAGGCAUGAGGCAAGGCCCAAGUCGCUGAACCUCCCUCCCGAGUCCAAGCACCCAGGAGACCCCCAGAGAGGCUUCAAGGCCAAGACCAGGACCCCAGAGGAAAGGCCAAAGUGGCCCCAAGAGCAGGUAUGCAAUGGUUUGGAGCAGCCAAGGAAGCAGCAGCGCUCUGAUCUCAACGGACCCAUUGACAAUAACAACAUCCCAGAGACAAAGAAGGUGGCAUCAUUUCCAAGUUUUGUGGCUGUUCCAGGGCCCUGUGAGCCAGAAGACCUCAUCGACGGGAUCAUCUUUGCUGCCAACUACCUGGGGUCCACCCAGCUGCUCUCUGAACGCAACCCUUCCAAAAACAUCAGAAUGAUGCAGGCACAGGAGGCCGUCAGCAGGGUCAAGAGGAUGCAAAAGGCUGCUAAGAUCAAGAAAAAAGCGAAUUCCGAGGGGGAUGCGCAGACACUGACGGAAGUGGACCUCUUCAUCUCCACACAGAGGAUUAAAGUUUUAAAUGCUGACACACAGGAAACCAUGAUGGACCAUGCCUUGCGUACCAUCUCCUACAUUGCUGACAUCGGGAACAUCGUAGUGCUGAUGGCCAGACGCCGCAUGCCCCGGUCAGCCUCUCAAGAUUGCAUUGAGACCACACCUGGGGCCCAGGAGGGGAAGAAGCAGUAUAAAAUGAUCUGCCACGUGUUUGAGUCAGAAGACGCCCAACUCAUAGCCCAGUCCAUUGGGCAGGCCUUCAGUGUGGCCUACCAGGAGUUUCUGCGGGCCAAUGGCAUCAACCCAGAAGACCUCAGCCAGAAGGAGUACAGCGACAUCAUCAACACCCAGGAGAUGUACAACGAUGACCUCAUCCACUUCUCCAACUCCGAGAACUGCAAGGAGCUUCAGCUGGAGAAGCACAAGGGUGAGAUUCUGGGCGUGGUGGUCGUGGAGUCGGGCUGGGGCUCCAUCCUGCCCACGGUGAUCCUGGCGAACAUGAUGAAUGGAGGCCCAGCAGCUCGUUCUGGGAAGCUGAGCAUCGGGGACCAGAUCAUGUCCAUCAAUGGCACCAGCCUGGUGGGGCUGCCUCUCGCCACCUGCCAGGGCAUCAUCAAGGGCCUGAAGAACCAGACCCAGGUGAAGCUCAACAUCGUCAGCUGCCCCCCAGUCACCACGGUCCUCAUCAAGCGGCCAGACCUCAAGUACCAGCUGGGCUUCAGUGUGCAGAAUGGAAUCAUCUGCAGCCUCAUGAGAGGGGGCAUCGCCGAACGAGGUGGCGUCCGUGUUGGCCACCGCAUCAUCGAGAUCAAUGGGCAGAGUGUGGUGGCCACAGCCCAUGAGAAGAUAGUCCAGGCUCUGUCCAACUCUGUUGGGGAGAUUCACAUGAAGACCAUGCCUGCUGCCAUGUUCAGGCUCCUCACGGGCCAGGAGACCCCGCUAUACAUCUAGGCCCACCCAGCCUUUGCCACGGAGCCGGGGUCGCCAGGCAGGCCCACCUGGACCCAGAAAAGCAGGAAGCCAGGACAAAGCCCUGCCCCUUGAUCGCACAGCCCAGCCAAGAACACUGGCCCCGAAGGGUGUGCCCUUACCUCCUCCCGGUUGUUUUGAUUUGAUUUUUGUUUUGUUUUGUUUUUGUUUUUGUUUUUUUGUUUUUUGUUUUCUGCCAAAAGGGGUACAUUUUUUUUUUUUUUUUUAUCAAAGGAGAGUCGCAGGAACAAACCUUUGUAAAACAUUCAAGUAUUUUGCCACAUUCUGAACUGUUUUUCUCAUUGUGACUGGCAGGGGUGUUCAUGGGUACCUCUGUGUGGCAUAGAGAGUGUGUGUCUUUCUUCCCUGAAGUUGUAGAACACAAAACAUGGGGACCCACUCAUGCCGCCAUGAAGGGAGGCCUCUGAGGGACACAGCGCCUGCAAGGGGGCAAGCAGCCCUCUCCUGCCCCCCGGGUUGAUGGGGGUGCCACUGGAGCCCCGAAGAGCCCGCACAGCUGACUCUGCUGCUGCUUCCACAGGAGCGUGGGCAGCCCGGCUCCCAGGAUGUGACUUGCACUAAAAGUGUGGGAACAUGUGAUCGAUUGUAAGUAUUUACCAGGAAAGGAGAUAUUCCUGAGUUCAAUAAAGGAUGAUGGUCACAACAUCAAAAAACUCCAUAUUUAUUUAGAAAAUGUUACCAUUUGGACUUUUAUUUGGGCAAGCAGUUCUUCAGAAGUUUAGGGGUUUCCCAUGUCUGGUGACCACACCUGCUUCUCCUGUCCCCCUCCCCCAUUCCGAGUCAUUGAGUCUCUGUGAACUUACCUGGGCACCCACCCUCCUGCCAGGUGGGAACACUCUCACCAUCCUGCCAGGGACAAGGACAGCAGCACAGGCAUCUGCCCCCUGUUUAAAACCUAUCUACACAAACACAUCCACACACGCUCCUCUCCAACAAUCCAAACCCACCAGAAAACUCCACCUCUGCCCUUCCUGAGGCAACCAGCCAGGAGCGCUAAUUACGUGGCAAGCAAGAUGCCCCCCGCCAUGAGCAGUAUUAGAGCGUGUGUAGAUGAAGGAACCCAUCGUCCGGUUCGGUUCAUUAGAGAUCAAUGUUAACUGACAUCAUUUUGUCUGGAAGUCUCUUUUUUUGGCCCAGGCCUUGAAGAAUACACUGUGACUUAAGAAGCCUUACCACGCAGUAACUAAAGCUUUAGGAUUACUGUAUUUGAGGAGUAACCUGUGUGUUGCAUGCAGCUGACCUUAGGAAGACUUCGCGCAUCUCACUAAUAAACCUGAAGUCAUGAUGGAA